CAAUAGCGUGUGUUGGAUGCUGCGAUGCUUUGCGCAUGCGUCCUGGCUCCCCGACAACAUCAGGAGGAAAGAUGAUGGCGCAGCAGGGGAAAGAGCCGCUGGCUGCCGACGACGUUUCGAACAACACGGCGGCAGACGAGAGCAUAAAUAACGCGAUGGUGGAGCAGGGGUCGAUACUCCUGCGCAGGAUGGAGAUCUGCGUUGCUGAGGCUGAGAAAAGGAGUGGCAAAAAUGCAGUGAACAUGCAGGAGACAUUCACCGUGUACCUAAUUGAAACACGGCCAAUGGACGCAGUCACAGAGGGUCAAAACCCAGCUCCCGACUCUCUGUGGAGGCGAUACAGUGAAUUUGAACUGCUGCGGAACUACCUCAUCGUUACCUAUCCGUACAUUGUGGUACCACCUUUACCUGAGAAGCGAGCAGAGUUUGUGUGGCACAAGCUGUCUGCAGACAACAUGGACCCAGACUUUGUGGAGCGCCGUCGAAUAGGUCUGGAGAACUUUCUACUACGAGUGGCAUCUCAUCCUGUCCUCUCCAAUGACAAGAUCCUCUGCCACUUUCUCACUGAGGAACAUGGCUGGAAGGAAGCAGUGUGUGAGACAGGUUUUCAUGCAAAGUCAGAUUCCAGGCUCAGAGCUCUCAGCGCCACCUUCAGGGUGAGAAAUCCAGACAAACGUUUCAUGGAGAUGAAACACUACAGUGACGAGCUGCAAUCUCACACGUCUCAGUUACUUCGAGCAAGAGCAAGAGUUGCUGAUCGACUCUAUGGUGUUUAUAAGGUCCAUGGGAACUAUGGUAGAGUCUUCAGCGAGUGGAGCGCUGUAGAGAAAGAGAUGGGAGAUGGAUUGCAGAGCGGUGGUCAUCAUAUGGAUGCAUAUGCUGCCUCAAUAGAUGACAUUUUAGAAGAAGAAGAACACUAUGCAGACCAGCUGAAAGAAUAUCUGUCCUAUGCUGAGGCUCUGAGGGCAGUGUGCAGAAAACAUGAAUUGAACCAGUUUGAGCUUGAGAUGGCCUCCCAUGACCUCAUCUCUAAGAAGCAGCAGCGUGAGGAGCUGGCUACAGGGAUAGUGCGGACGUUCUCCUUCAAAGGCAUGACAAACAAGAUUUUUGGCCAAGAGGCACCAGAGCAGCGAGAGGCCAGACUGAAGCUGCUAGAGGAGCUGAUAGCAGAGGGAGAGGAGAGCGUCAAAGAGAAGACAGUUGAGUGCGAAGAGCAUGUUGAGCAGGCUUGGGUGGACAUGCAGCGCUUUAAGGAACAGAAGGACAAAGACCUGCGGGAGGCACUUAUUAGCUAUGCUGUCAUGCAGAUCAGUAUGUGCAAGAAGGGAAUACAAGUAUGGAGCAAUGCCAAAGAAUGUUUCCUCAAGAUGUAAUAUUGAAGCUAGGAUUGAAGGAUUUCCACUCUCUGUGAUACUUAGCAGUGGAUGCUAUAGGAUGAUCCCAAUGUCGCCUGGUUGAUGUUUGAAAACAACUCACCAAAUGCACAUUUGAUUUUCAUGCUUCAGAUUUCAAGAGGUAUUUGGUAGAUUUACAUGUUACUGAAAGAUGUGGAAAAUUAAUUAAGCUAUUUUAAUCAGCCUUUGUACUUUACUACUGUACUUCUACUAGAUUCUGUACUAAAUACCUGGAUUGGACCAAAAUUUACUGAGGUUGCUUUCACACCUAUGGUAUUGGUUUGUUGUGGUUCAAUCAAACAGCGCCUUGUUUGGGGAGUUUUGUGGGGGCUGGUGUAAACAUAUUUAACCAAAUACUCAACUAAAAUACACAAAAAGAAUCUACAGUAUGACAGUUAAUUAUAGAUGUAUAUGUUUCAAAAAAUUCCUAAACUUACACUAAUAAAAUCAAUGCAUUACCUGAACUCUUGGGUUUAAAUCUACCUGAAUUUAUCUUAUUUAUAUAUAUGAACUAAUAUAAAUAUAUAAGACCUUAACUGUUUUUUCCAGUAUAAGCAUUUUUUCCUGUGUUCCCUGUAUAGUAUAUUUUAUUACUUGAUAUAGUGUAACAGCAGUGGAAUCAUAGAAAGAAGAUCCCACUUCAAUUCAGAAUUUUAAAAUUCUCUUAUUUAUACGCAUAUUUCAUUUAUACAUUUUGUAUGUUUUUCUACUCACGUUUGCGGGACAUUUAUGCUUUAAAUAAUGAGUGAAUAGGAAAAAUAAAUAAAAGAGAAUUCAAUUUUAAGUCUGACACAAGCUGUAUGCCUCACGUUAUUUAAAUUAGAUCUCCUGUUUGGAAGGCUUAUCACCCAAAAAACUUGUUUUUGUACUGUUGUGUAGAUAUUGAGGUGUAGUGUUUCUAUUAAUUUAAUACACAGUGACCUCUGUGUGUGUGUGUGUGUGUGUGUGUGUGUGUGUGUGUGUGUGUGUGUGUGUGUGUGCUAACCUUUGACACAAAAAGCAGUUGAGGUAAACAGUGGAUGGAUAAUGGUUGUAGCUUUGAUUUGUGCUAUUUAUUUUCAAUAAAGUUGUUGCACCACU